UAGUGCGUCCCCCUCUCUUGGCCAAACAAGAACGCGCGCGGAGUCCGGUGCGCGAGAGAGGAGUCGGCUGGCCCCCCACGUGAUCCGGCGGACGCACACACGCGAACGCGCCGUGUACACACGGGCACGCGCUCACGCACACACGCGGACGGUCGCGCACGCAGACGCAGGUGGCCGUCGGCGUCGUUACGGAGGUCGGACGAAUGUUUGUUUUUCAAUCAGUGUAACUCUUUAGCGUCGCUGCGAGCCGGCAAACAGAGGCGGCGCGGCGCAGUGGAACCUGUUGCGUGCGGCCGUGCGCCGAUGCAGCGGAGGCUCCGGCAGCGGCAGCGAGAACAGAGACGGGCGUCGGCGCAGUGAGCGGCGGGCAGCGCCAGCGGCAGCGGAAGCGGCAGCGCCGGGCAUGAGUGCGUAGCGCCAGCGCGCGCCCGACCUCCAGCUAGCCAUGUUAGCGCAGAAGCUGUAUUCGUCGGAUCCCGUGUCCGUCGGGGGCGGCGGCGGCGGAGUCGCCGUGUCUGCCGGAGGCGGCGCCGGGGGCGGCACCGGAGGCGGCGUCGUCAUGAGCAGCGGCGGCCAGGCGCCGUCCAUGAGCCCCAUGCCGCCCGCGUACAGCGUCAACCCGGUGGGCUGCCUCUCCAUGAGCUCCAUGAACUCGCCGCAGGGAUUCGGCUCCAACGUGCUGAGCGGCGCGUCCAGCAUGACGUCGAUGGCGACGAUGAACGGCAGCUGCAUGUCGCCCGCGUCAGCUAUGGGCUACGGCGCCAUCGGCUCGCCCAUGGGCAACGCGAACGGCGUCAGCUCGUGCAUGGGCGGCAUGUCGGCGCUGAACGGCUACACGGGCGCGCUGGCGCCGGUGGGCGGCGGACCCGGCGGCGGCGUGGGGUCGGCGCGGAUGGGCGGCGCCGGGGCGGCCGACCUGGGCGUCGUAGGCGGCGGGCUGGGCGGCGGCGACGCGGGCUCACCCGGCGCCCUGCAGCGCGCGCGCGGCGACAAGCCCUACCGUCGCUCCUACACGCACGCCAAGCCGCCCUACUCGUACAUCUCGCUCAUCACCAUGGCCAUCCAGAACGCGCCCAGCAAGAUGCUCACUCUCUCCGAGAUCUACCAGUUCAUCAUGGACCUGUUUCCGUUCUACCGGCAGAACCAGCAGCGCUGGCAGAACUCGAUCCGCCACUCGCUCUCCUUCAACGACUGUUUCGUCAAGGUGCCGCGCACGCCCGACAAGCCGGGCAAGGGUAGCUUCUGGACUCUGCACCCGGAUUCGGGCAACAUGUUCGAGAACGGGUGCUACCUGCGGCGCCAGAAGCGCUUCAAGGACGACAAGAAGGAGGCGCUGCGGCAGUCGCACAAGCAGCAACAGCAGCAGCAGCAACAGCAGCAGCCGCCGCCGCAGCAGCAGCAACAGCAGCAGCAGCAGCAACAGCAGUCGCCGGGCGGCGUCGAGGGCAAGAAGUCGCCGUCGCAGGAGCACCACGGCCAGCACCACGGCCACCACGCGCACAAGGCGCUGCCCGACAAGGAGGCGACGGGCGCGCUGGGCGCCAUGCUCGGCCUGCACGCCGUGCCCAAGGUGGAGGCGGCGGCCGACCCGAUGGGCGGGCUGCUGCAGCACGGCGCCGGCGGCGACCUCUGCCUGCAGCAGGCGGCGCUGCACCAGCAGCACCAGGCGCCGCACCAGCAGCAGCACCACCAGCACCACCAGCAGCAGCAGGAGGAGCUGGCCGCCAUGAUGGGCCGCUGCCACCCCGCCGAGCUGCUGCACCACCAGCCGCACCACCAGGGCCUGCUGCAGCACCAUCACCACCACCACCACCACCACCUCAAGCAGGAGCCGUACGCGGCCGCGUCGCACCCCUUCUCCAUCACACGCCUGCUGCCCGACAAGGACAGCUCCAAGGUGUACGACAUGGCGGCGCAGUACGGCUACGGGCCGCUGAGCCCGGUGCACUCGGCGAGCGACGCCGCCGCCGCCGCCGCCGCGGCCGCCGCCUACUACCAGAGCCCGCUGUACCACGCGGCCGCCGCCUCCGCGCCGCCGCCCACCGCCACCUCCUUGUGACAGUACCCGCUGGCCUAGGCGACCCGCCCGUAAGUACGCGCCGCCCCGGGCCUCGCCGCGCUCUACUCGCCCGCGUCCUCGCCCCCUCCCACGCUUACCUGUGACAGUCUCUCCCGAUACUCUACGAGUGACAAUAUUACCUAGGAGGAAAGGUAUUGGAAGUGAAACUGUGAGGUCGGGUCGCGAGUCGUUCUCAGAUGGCUCAGUCGGAAGAACACUUGCCAGCGACAGACAAAUUUCCAGGUUCGAGUCCCGGCUCGGCACACGGUUUCGAUCUGCUAGGAAAUUCCAUUCGCUAGACACCUAACUCUCAAAAUCGUUGAUCUGUAUCCUCUUAGCGACAAAUUACGGCCACCAUUCAAUUCUAUUUAGCUCUUCCAAGGCGUAUUUCGGCUGUAUUACAUUCCUGUCCUCAGGUGGAUGAAAUUCGCUCGUAGCAACAGGUUCUUGUAACCAAUCUCUUUCGCUUUCGCCUUUUCCACGACGCCUUUCGAGUUAUUGUAUUGGUAUGAUUAGGAGGAUGAAAUUACCUCCCCCGGCCCGCACCUGCCGUGCUUAAUGUCGUCAUUCUCUUUGGGAACAAAUGAAGUGCCUUUCGUUUUGGUAGCAAUCUGAAAAUUAGCUAUAGAUCCAACUCUACCAGUUAUUUUUCUCUGGGCUCAACCAACUAAACAGCAGUCCCUUCCAUUUUGCCGUUCAUCACGUGCUUCGGUGUACUGGCUUCCCGUCAUUCAGUGCACGAAAUUACCUUUACUACAUGCAAAUUAUCUAUUUUGUCUACUAUUUUGUGAGCAGCAUCUUCUAUUGAUCGUAGACGGCUUGUCAAAAUCACAUUGUUACUCUACACAAAGCGAAAAAUUCGAUCCACCUGACGAUAGAUGUGUAAUACCUGAAAAGAAGUCGAGGAACUGUAAUAAGACAGUGGCUGUUUAGAAAUAUAUUAUUACAGUGAUAGCCCAAAAAGCCGCCAUUACAGUCUGUGUUAAAAGUGUGUGUGUCGUAUGAUAUUCAGUAAAAUUACCCGGUCGCGAUGUUGUUUCCAGUAUCAGAUUUCGAAGCAUUCCCAAGUGGUAAUGAUCGAAAGGAGUUACGAAAAAAUCCAAUUCGUUUGAAGCAUGCGAAUGUGUAGUCGUAAAACGAAAUAGUCGUGGAGGAGACUGUCGUCUUGAGCCAGCUUCGUGCCUUUUGGAUAAAAAUUUAAUUAUUGAGGUCCGCUUAUACAACAAACGGUUAUUUGUAGAUUUCUGUAACGCCCGGGAUACUUCUCGACGCAGUUACGUCGUCCUCUUCAUUUAUUGAUUUUUCAUUACGGCGUAAUGUUACGUCAUUACGUGAAGAGCGCCCUCUGGGUAUGACGUAGUUGCGGUGAGGUGGCUCCAGGCGAAUGCCAGGAUGAUUCCUAUGCAAAGCCAAAGACAGGUUACUCUCCCUCUUAGUCUUCAUUGACAUCGGUGUCAAGGGCACGUUAAACUCUAGCUUUCCAUUUUUCCCUUCAUCGAAAUAUUUCACGGGCAAAGCAAAAAUCAACAAUAAUUCUGCACGUACAAACCUUGACAAGUAAGCUGUCCGGAAAAUUACGCAAGUGUGCGGAUUAAUUGUCUGUAGUGUUAGUGACGGAUUGAAUAUCUAGCACGUUCCUGCCUGAAUUACUCAGAAUGGUGUAAUUUAUUUUGGUAUUGUUGUGAAUCGGGAGACACUUUCACAUUAAGCUCGGUAACUUCCGCAUCAAUUCCGAACGGUGUGGUCAGCAAGUUACGUUUCCCACUAAACUAUCCUCUCGUACCUAACGUCCUUUCAGCGACCAGUGAUAUUUUCAUAACAGCAUUUGAAUAGCAGAAUGCUGAGUCUUGUAAAAUCUCACGCUUUCUGCGGAGACCUCAUCCUCCAGAACCCGCGCGAGGGCGCGCCUUGCAGUUUUUUUUUUUUUUUGCCGUCUAGAGCGCGGCCCGGGGCGUCUUGCGAGCCCGCCAGCCAGCAAAGACGUCUUCUGUGAUAAACACUCCGCUCUUGGACGGGCGAAUCUCUGUCCAGGCCAUCAGUGCAAUUCAGUUUUUAAGGGACCGCAGCGAAAACAGAGUGUAUAUAUGUAUAUGUAUAUUACCGACCGCACGUGCAACUUGAACCUACCAAUGUGACUGUGUGCGUUUGUGCAAAAAGAAAAGUAUAUACAAAAUACUAAGUGUAAAUAAUCUCGGUUGCGAACACUUGACUGUCACUCUCCCGAGAGAAUGUGUCACGGUUUUAAUUUUUAUACGCUGGCGUGUUUAUAUUGUAAAGUGUACGGUUUCUUUUUUCUCUGUCUGUUGUUUUUGUACUCUUGGAGGACUGUGGACAGUGCUGAGCCCUUUUCCUACGGUAGGCCUUCUCACGUUCGCUCGUGCGUGCGCAGCUGCCCCGGCUCCGUACGCAGUUGCCAAGCAGCACAUUUCUUGGCAACUAGCAAACAAUGUUUCGUUGGACAAAAGGGUAGCUGUGCGCUCACACAAUCUCACUCUCUCUCUUUACUGUAUCUCUUCUCUCUUCUAUAUACGUCUGAAGUUUGCAUAAUCUCUUUAUUCGGAAGGAAUCGCUUCUCUCGAGAUCUGAUUUUUGUAUAGCGUCUCUCACAAUUUGAACGAGCUUCUACGCAUUCCACGUUUCUCGGUGCGUCACGUAAUGUGUACAUGUGUGUCUGUGUGUGUGUUUGUAUUGUAUGUGUGAUCAGUCUUAUUAGUUCCUCGUUCUGUAGUCAUUAAUUGUCUCAGUGUGAUAAUCUCUCACGAUACAGAAGAACAGUAAAAGGGAAUCUCUUGUUAACGCAAUAAAAAAAUCUCAUUGUACAUCUAGACGUAACGUUACGGAAAGCGCCGUCUGAGAAGGCCUACCCAUCUGUUAGACAGCUACACCACUGUAUGUGUACAUUCUUUUGUUUCCACAGAUUUUUAUGUUUUCGUUUUAUCUUUGUAAAAUAGCAUGUAAUCUGGACGUAAGAAACUUUUAACAAUUAUCAACAUAGGGCGCAAGCCUCAUGUUUUGCUGUACAAACAUUAUUGUUUUGUUGUUAUCAUCACUUUUAGCAAUAUAUU